AGGUGUUCCACUGCUCAAUGACCGUCUCAUGCAAGCGGAGGGGAAAGGGAACAUUUACCGAUGCCAAUCUCUCACCGCCACACACAAGUGCUCUUUGUAAUGCCAGUGCGUUUUCAAAAGGGCAGCAGGGGGGCCUAUCACUGAUUCUGUUCCCAAUUGGCAUGCAACAGCAGUUUGCACUGACUAAUGUACCGGAUGCACAAUGAGACCUUGUUUGUCUUUUCUUUUUCUUUUUUAUGAUAUUGAAUCACGACCUCAUUUCGCAAUUGCAGCUGUGGAUUUGGAGCCGAUGGUGCCAACAAAGAUCAGAGGCCUAAUGUGUUUCAUGUGUCAGGAUGACCACGAGUCUUCUUAGUGCAACCGCAGCAUUUGGCAAAGUCCACAUGAUUCAGAAUAGCAAAUGGUUUCACUAAAUGUACAUGCUUUUCAACACAUUGUUUGACAGUUUAUCGUGUACACAUGCUUGUAUUACAGCAAACUUGUGGUUAAGGUCAGAAUGAGACCACAGCCUAAACAUUCUACAUUAAAUCCAGAUCAUUCUGGGCCAAGAAACCUACAUAGACUAUACAUUUGCGGCGGGAGAGCCAAGUGAUUUAUAGAUUCGCCUUCAAACUACAUUUCCCACCAUACAACUGGGCUGCCGCGCAAGCGCAGAUAGGUUUAUUUAGUAUACAGACAACCGGAAGCUCCACUCCGAAAUUGACCGAACGGGAUAGUUCUUGGUGUGAUGGAGAGGUGAUGUGUCAGUGGGAGGAGUGAUAAGGCCAGAGCAGUCAUGACCGAGUGCUUCCUGCCCCCCAGCAGCAGCCCUGCAGAGCAGCGUCGGGCUGAACACCCAGGGGGCGUGGCCCGCACCCCCAGCUCUGAGGAGAUCAGUCCCACCAAGUUCCCCGGAUUGUACCGCACCGGCGAGCCAUCGCCGCCUCAUGACGGCCAUCACCACGAGACACCUGACGCCUACGUCUCAGACGACGACAAAGAGCACGGCAAGAAAAAGAACAAGUUCAAGAAGAAGGAGAAAAGGACGGAAGGCUACGCCGCCUUCCAGGAGGACAGUUCAGCGGACGAAGCAGAGAGCCCGUCCAAGAUGAAGCGCUCCAAGGGAAUCCAUGUGUUCAAGAAGCCCAGCUUCUCCAAGAAGAAGGAGAAGGACUUCAAGGUGAAGGAGAAGGAGAAGGGCCCCAAGGAGGACAAGGCCAAGGAUAAAAAAUCCAAGGACCUGACGGCUGCAGACGUGGUUAAACAAUGGAAGGAGAAGAAGAAGAAGAAGAAACCCGCGACAGAGGCCGAGCCGGUCCCAGUGGAGAUCCCCACCUUCCGGCCGAUCUUUGGAGCCCCUCUGACUGAAGCUGUCAAGAGGACAGCUCUCUACGACGGUAUCCAGCUGCCAGCUGUCUUCAGAGAAUGCAUGGACUACAUUGAAAGUUAUGGCAUGAAGUGUGAAGGCAUCUACCGGGUCUCAGGUAUGAAGUCCAAAGUGGAUGAAUUGAAAGCGGCUUAUGACCGCGAGGAGUGCCCGUGCCUGGAGGAGUAUGACCCCCACACGGUGGCCAGCCUCCUGAAGCAGUACCUACGCGAGCUGCCCGAGAACGUGUUGGGCCGAGAUCUGGCCCAGCGCUUCGAGGACGCCUGCGGUCGGCAGGUGGAGGCAGAGAAGAUGGCCGAGUUCCAGAGGCUGCUGGCCGAGGUGUUGCCGGAGAGCCGGCUUCUUCUCUCCUGGCUCGUCACGCACAUGGACCACGUCAUCGCCAGGGAGGCGGACACCAAGAUGAAUAUUCAGAAUAUCUCCAUCGUCCUCAACCCGACCAUACAGAUUGGGAACCGUGUUCUUUACAUGUUCUUCACACACGUGAGGGAGCUGUUUGGAGACGUAGUCCUGAAACCGGUGGUGCGGCCGCUCCGCUGGUCCAACAUGGCCACCAUGCCGGCGCUGCCUGACACCCAAGAGAGCGUCAAAGAGGAGAUCCGCCGACAGGAGUUCCUGCUGAACUGCCUGCACAGGGACCUGCAGGCCGGGGUGAAGGACUUAUCUAAGGAGGAGCGUCUCUGGGAGGUUCAGAGGAUCUUGACUGCUCUAAAACGCAAACUGAGGGAGGCCAAACGCCAGGACUGCGAGAGUAAGAUAGCCCAGGAGAUUGCAAGCCUCUCAAAGGAAGAUGUUUCAAAAGAGGAAAUGACCGAGAAUGAAGAGGAAGUCAUCAACCUCCUCUUAGCACAGGAAAAUGAGAUCCUAACAGAGCAGGAGGAGCUGAUCUCUCUAGAGCAGGUGCUCCGGAGACAGAUUGCCACCGAGAAGGAAGAAAUCGAGAGACUGCGAGCGGAGAUCGCAGACAUCCAGAGUCGUCAGCAGGGUCGCAGUGAGACGGAGGAAUAUUCAUCAGACAGUGAAAGUGAGAGUGAAGAUGAGGAAGAGCUGCAGAUGAUUCUGGAAGAUCUGCAGAAGCAAAACGAGGAACUGGAGAACAAAAACACCCAUCUGAAUCAGGCCAUUCACGAGGAGCAGGAAGCCAUCUUGGAGCUCCGUGUCCAGCUCCGCCUCUUGCAGAGCCACAAACUGCAGCAGGAGCUGACCGUCCCGCCGCCGCCGCCGCCGCCACCGCUGCCGGCCGAGCAGGCCCCGCCUGUGCAGCCGAGCCCGGAGCCCCGCACCGAGGAGCAAACCAAACGCUCCGUUGACGGCGAUUCCGCUGCUUCGUCCAAUGGCAAGGCCGCUAAGGAUCCUUCAAAGCCCUCACCGAACAAAGACAGGAGGGACACCAACAUGUGAGAUGUUCGGUUGGCUCUGUGCCCGCUGUACGUCUCCACCGCCGGUCAGUUGUCCUUCAGUGUCUCUCGUGAUCCACUGGAAACUUCACUUUGCUGGAUCCAUGGGUUCAUUUAGUCAUCGUGUGCACCAGGUGACAGCUGGCGGCCAUUCUUCCACACAACAACAGAAAUAGAGUAGCUGCUGUAGCGGACAACUGGCUGCCACUGUGAGAGACGAGGGGAGUCGUAUUAUCAAAUCCACAGUGCCAAGCCUGUAUGAAGGAAGGAGAAAUGAAGGGAUUCAUGAAGCAAGUAAGGGGAAGGAAUAGAGUAAAAGUCAGGCACCUUCCUAGUAUAUGACAAAGUUUUAUUUUUUGCUGGUAAGGUUUAAAACAGAUGAACAUAGACCAUAAAUAAUCUCAGUCCCUGUUUCUCACCCAGAUGCUAAUUGGCGCGUUAGGAUAGAGACCACUCUGCCAUAACCGGAGAUGUUUCCCCAGAAAACCACUAAUACAAAAGCUUACGAUUGGUCUAUCUAUAUAUUAUAUAUUUAAGUGGUAUUCUCAAGAAUACGGAUGACUAUUCAAGAAAUAUGUUGAUUUUUAAGUUACAGCUUUUUUAGUAAUAUAUAAAUAUAUAUGUAUAAAUAUAUUGUAGGUGCUCUUUCUUUUUCUUUGAACAGCAGAUGCACAUAAACACAGUGGCGUUGUACCGCGCUAACUGACCAGUAGAUGAAAACGUGAACAGCAAAACCACCAUGCAUCAAAGGUAUAUUCAUCACAUGUAGACACACAGCUGGAGGCUGUUACCGUCACUCUUUGCUCUGUAGUGCAAUCGUCUUCUCUCUCUCUCUGCCUCUGCCUCUCUUGCACAAACAAGGAAAAUGUGGAAAAUGAUAUUUCUCCAGUUUUUAUGAUGGAUUCACAUCUUGUAGUGAUGAUUACUGUCGCCAAAAUAUGUGUGCGGAGACACGCAGGAGGCCUAUUUAGUUUUGUUGUGUAUUUGAUCGUGUUUUUUUUCUUUUUUAAGGGUUAGGUUCUUGAUAUGUGCAGUUAUUGUUCAUGGCAUCAGUUGGAAGUGAGUCAAAAAUAUAAAAAACCCUCAAGAUUAAAAGUCAAUCAUUCCAUUUCACAGCUGAUCCAUGACAAAGUACUGUCAUCAUUCAGUGAUAUUUAAAGCAAAGGCAUGGUCUGCACUUACUUACCGAUUGUGUAUAUCAUUGUAAAAUUGCAAAUAUACUGUAUUCUCAGCUUUUAUGUUUUGUCAUAUGUUCCUUUUUUAUUAUUAUUAUUAUUAUUAUUAUUAUUAAUGCCCUGUAUGUAGUACGCUAGUGGGACUGCCCCUGCUUUGGUCGCGGGAUAAUCAAAGCAAUCUCACCUGGACUCAUGAUUCAACGUGUUCAUAAUCCUGUGACUGAAACAGAUAAACGCUAGAUUGGGCUCAGAAGCUUCUCAUAAGGUUAUUUUCAUAUUGUUCCAAGCUUUUGUAGCUUAUUGUUGCAGUCAGAAUAAUGCUGUGAAGAAUAAAGUGUCGAUCCGAAUAAU